CCCUUUCUGUUCACUUCCUAUUCUGCAGACACAACAGGAAAUAAGAGGGGUGAGAGGAAUACUUUCUUAGCUGUCACCACAACAAGUGUCCCCUUGAAGAAUCCCCCCUUUAUUCCUGCUCUGCUCACAUUUAAAAAUUAUGGAUAUUUCCCCAUUUUUACUCAGGGGCGGACUGACAACUCAUGGGGCAAUAGGGGAUCAUGGGGCCCCUGUGUCCUUGCCCAAACUCAAAAAAGCCUAUGAAAAAGGUACCAGGGGCAUCCCGUGGGGCCCCCUACUGACCCCAAGUCCUCCAAAUGGUCAGUCCGCCCCUGGUAGAGCUCAAUGUCAGUCC